UCUUGAGUAGUACAUAUGAACCAACCUUUGAAUUUUGACUUAAAUUUCGUUAUCACAGACGACGAACCCUCGCUUGCUGAUGAUGUAGCAGUCGACCAAGAAGGAAAUGCAUACAUUACAGACGCGAAAUCAAGCAAGAUAUGGAAAGUAGACAUAAAUGGGAAACUUGUCUCGGUCAUAAGAAACAGCCUCUUCCGGAUAAAAGAAUGGCACAGUAACUUUGUCGCCCUCAACGGGAUCAUCUACCAUCCCAACGGUUAUCUCCUCGUUAUCCACACAGCCAGCGGGAAACUGUUCAAGGUUUAUCCUUCGACGGAACAGGUAGAGAUUGUCAAAGUUACAGGCUCUCUCUUUAUGGGAGAUGGUUUAGAGAUUCUGUCGACGAGCAAAAUAGUAGUGGCUGGUUCUCUUGCUACCAGGAUGGUUGAGAGUUUUGAUGAUUGGGAGACUGCAACGGUAACCGGGAGGUAUGUGGGCCCUCUAUACAGGAUUGCGUCAGCGGCGACGGUGAAGGAUGGGAAGGUGUAUGUUAAUCAUCUUGUUGGAGGGGGUUUGAAGAAGAGGAGUCAUGUGAUUGCUGAGGCUGUUUUUACUCCUGCGAGUUCAAUAAAGAAGAUUAUGGACUUUUUGUACUAUUGAUUGGGUAUUUGUUUGAUGAUGAAUGUUUUUUUUUUGGGUCAAGAUGGUGAAUGUAUUUGGUUUUUCUUUUUCUCUCUCUCUUAUUUUGAGUUUCUGCUAAUAAUUUGAGGAUGAUAAAAUAUAUUUAUCAUGUUA